AUGUCCAGCAUUCCAAGUACUGUGAAACCUCAGGCUGGUCCCGCGAAUCCGUUAGAGGUGACAGUGGAGAUCCUCCCCCGUUCUUCAUAUAGGAUCAAGCAUCUUCCUGGAGGACCUCGGGCAGUGGCUAGGUGGAGCACAACCUUCAUUCCCACUCUCAUUUCUGCUAUCGGAGACCAGGAAGAAGUCUGGGGUCGUAUCAAGUCGGAAGCAACGUUCCACGCUACUAUACAGGACACCUGGGAUGCUGUCUAUGAAGAUAUCCCCCAUAUCGUCACGAAUGAUGGACCCGUUAUAGCUAUAGCUCUGCAACGGCUAUCAGAGUGGCGCAAUUGCAUUGGCACCACGGCUGUCACGGUAUACACAAACUUCCUGUCGUUGCAAGAUGAUGUCAAGACUGAUGAAGAUCGCAAAGCAUUUUCCGAGAGCUUACUUGUCAAGUUAGCAUUCCUGUAUGGGAACAUCCCGGAGGAAGGGAAAUUGGAGAACCCUUUCGAGUCUGAGCUUAUCAUUCAGGUACUCACACAGCACGCAUGCGCUACUUUGGGUGCUAUUGGCGACCAUCACACAACAGCGCAUGCAAAAGGUGCACUCAGCCUUUGCACUGCAGCGGCAUGUAUCUUCCUGCCCUCUCUUCACAGCACGGCUAAUUAUUUCCUCGAAUUGGAGGCGAACAGUAAAGGCAAGGCCGUCAAGGUCCCUCACUCUCUCAACAAGUCCUCGGGCAAGAUCAGCGGCUCUCGAAAGGCGUUCUCGGACACUAAUUUCGGUGUAAUGACCAGGCGCUACAUGACAUCCAUCAACCGCCUACAAGACUCAGUCAUCCAGGAUAUCUGGGAACAGGCGAAGGAGAUUGCCUUUAAGAGGCGCGGUGCACCCUCCGCUCCAGACGAAGACUUGGAGGAUGAGCGCGCACUCAUAGGGUUCUAG